AUUAUUGGUAAGAAGAGAGAGGUAACGGCUAAAAAGAAGGAUGGGACCGAAGUGCCUUGUGAGUUGGGCAUUCAAGAAAUCAAAGAUGUUUCCACCGGGAAUCGCUUCUUUUGUGGAUUCUUCAAAGACUUGACACUCUUGAAGCAACAUGAAGCCAUGUUACAGGAAAAACAAGCCCUGGCACAGGCCAUGGUCAAUGCUUCGUUUGAUGGAAUGGUGGAAAUUGAUCAGCAGGGGAUCAUACAAAUCGUAAAUGACGCCGCUUGCAACAUGUUUGGGUACACCAGAGAAGAGUUUUUAGGAAGCAACAUUUCACUUAUUUGUGGCGAUGGCCAUGCCAAAAACCACGAUGCCUACCUGCAACGAUACAUGGAAACGGGACAAAAGCGAGUGAUUGGGCAAAAACGACAGGUAAAAGCGCGGAGGAAGGAUGGGACAGAGUUGGAGGUGGAACUGGGUGUGCAGGAAGUUACUCUUUUCUCGGGAAAGAAAGCCUUUUGUGGGUUCAUCCGAGACAUGACACAGCAAAGGAAAGACAAAAGGGCAUUGCGAAAGCAGCAACAGCUCAUUCAUGGCAAAUUCUUUGGAGGUGAGGAGUAG